UUGAUCAAUUUCAAACCUUAAGCUUUAACGGGGUUGUAGUUGUUGCUUUAUGGCGUGAAUCGACAGGUCAUCAUCUUUGUAUGACGGGUUGUUCCAGCUUUGUCUUCAUCAUUCAUUCAGCAUUUUCAUCAUUUUUUCUUCAGUACGAUAGUACCAUGAAGAGUGGAGGAAAGGCUAAGAUGCCGCCUGCAGAGGAGGUCACUAGCAAAAGACCAAAACGCAAAUGCCUGCAGUGGCACCCCCUUCUUUCAAAGAAGGCCUCUGAAUUCUCUGAGGGAGAAGAGGAGGAAGAUGAAGAGGAGCUUGGGAAGCAGUGCAGUGAGGACCAGAACCCCCCAGUGCAGAGCGUUAGGUCCACAGAGGAAGCUGAGGAGGACUCCAGCGAACAGCGGGCACGUCGACCUAUGAAUGCCUUCCUCCUCUUCUGCAAACGCCAUCGCUCCCUGGUGAGACAGGAGCAUCCUCGUCUAGACAACCGGGGGGCCACCAAAAUCCUGGCCGACUGGUGGGCCGUGCUGGAGCCCAAGGAGAAGCAGAAGUACACCGAUAUGGCCAAGGAGUACAAGGACGCCUUUAUGAAGGCCAACCCCGGCUACAAGUGGUGUCCCACCACCAGCAAACCACUCAAGAGCUCCUCUUGUCAGCCGCUCGGCUUUCCUCGGAAAAAAGUUUGGUCUUUCUCUUGCAACUCAUCCAAGGAGUCCACAGUUAAGAAAGAGCCCAAAAGCGACAGUUUGCACCAGCUGAACUUUGCUAUGGCAGAUCCAACAAAGAUGGGCGGCCUGAGCAUGCUGCUGUUAGCUGGAGAACACGCCCUCAUCAACAGGGAGAUCCCUCCCUGCACUAAAGCUGCAUUACCUGACAGAGCCAGUAGAGGAAAGCCCCUUUCAGAGGAAACUGAUGAGACAUUUGCCCAGACGAUUCCCAACAGGCUGCCUGACGUGGCUGAAGAUGACGGCAGGAUGAAGACUGGCCUUUCAUUGGUGGAGGAGCGUUCCUUGUCCGCCACCGUUGAAGGAAAACCAUGCAGACAGUCGGCGCUCUUCCAGCUCGCUGAGAUGUGUUUAGCAUCAGAAGCAGGAAACAUAGACGCCAUAGUAUCCCAGCCAGACGACAACUGCUCCACAGCAACUCUCAAACAAACCUUUCUGAAGUCAGAAGUUAAAGAGGAAGGCGGAGAACCUGACCCCUGUACGCCCACUCACACAUCAGCUCCUCCCUCUGUUACAUCUACCUCCACCGAUGCCACACCCCCUCCUCAGCAUGAAAGCCAAAGCGGAUGUGUUAAGAAGAAAAACAAGAAGAUUGAUGGGGUCAAGUUGAACGACAUCAAGUGUCCAGAGAACACAGUCGCCAAGAACUGUCAGCAGGCUGAAUCAAAUGUGGAUCGCACGAUUGAAGCUGUGGCCAGAGGAGUCUGGAUCGACAAAGAGGACAAAACCAAGAGGAAGACCUGUCCCAGUCUGUCAGUUAGAAACCCUGGUCUGCCUCAGAAGAAAACAAAGACCAAAGUGAAGACACCAGUCAAAGCAAAAGAAGAGGAGUUGGAAAAUGGCAGUGAGCAGCAUGAGUCCUCUGAUAUGGAGACAAACACAGCGGCGCCAUGCAUAGUACCCCCGACUGAAGCAGAAGGUGUUGAUACUGACAUCACAGGCCCCCAGAUCUGCAUGCAAGACUUCCCCCAGUCUCCUUCUGGCCAAUCACCCACUAAGCCCAAAGAAGAGGACCAGGAGAAGCACAAGGAGAAGGCAGGUGACAUGACCUGGGAGCUAAACAAACACAGCCACGGCUCCAGGAAAUCAGAGCGCAGCUGCAAGGGUGCCUUGUAUAAAACGCUUGUGUCUGAGGGAAUGCUGACGUCACUGAGAGCCAACAUAGACAGAGGUAAAAGAGGAGCUUUCCGCGCUUUUGAUCACGAUACUAACUGGACUCAAGAAAGCUGGACAGUUUCACACACAGGACCAAGUAAUACCAAGAAGCUAAAGAAAUCCAAAUCCAAAGACGAGUCUUCACAGAGCCUCGGGAAACUGGAGGAGGAGUUUGAAAAGAAGUUUAACAGCCUGCCGCAGUUCAGCCCCCUGACCUUUGAUAAGAAAGGGACGGCUGUGGCCAAGAAAAAGAAGACUGACUGCUCCUCUAACCUGGAGGACUCCUCUAAAGGCCCAAAAGUAGAUCAGAGUGAUUCCUUCCCUCUGGAUUCCGUUUCUGAAGCCAAAUCCUCUACUCUCAUCAACACCAUGUUUCCAGAUGUCUACAGCGCCACCAGCAGCAUGGAGAUGCUGGUCGGCAGCCAGAAGAGGAAGGCUAGGAAGACCAAGAUCACGCACUUGGUGCGCACGGCUGAUGGCAGUGUUUCUCCUGCUGAGAAAAACAAAGCCAGGGAUCUAAACCAGGAAGAGGAUAAAAAGCCAUCGAACCAACAGAAUUUAUGCAAUGAAAACAGGUGCUACAGCGCUCCACAGGCGGACGAGGUGAGGAGGAGCACCUUACCACAAGAGCUACCUGCUCUCUUCAGCUUGGCUGCCCUGGCCGAGGUAGCAGCCAUGGAAAAUGUUCACAAAGGCCAGAGGAGCUUGGCUCAGAGCCAGAAGAAGGAACUUGCACAAACUCCGCUUCUCAUCUCGUGCGCCGACCAGUGAAGAGUCGCCCGUGCUCCAGAUGUAUAAGCCACGGACAGCAGCAGCGGAGCUUUGGUUUGGGAGGGCUUGGACAAACUCCUGACUCUGAUUUUGCUUGAAUCACAUGUAAGGGGAAAGACCCCCCCGCUCCCCCCCACCCCCCGCCCUGUAGGCGUCUCAGCGUUUACCACUGAGGCACAACGCCUUAGGUUUUCCUCUUUGAUGGAUGAUGUACUGGACGGUUGUUUCAUUCCUUACAGAAGUGAUGGUGAGUACAGUCCAGGUGUGAGGUGGACUUCAGGUAGACCGUUUAGUCAAAUGCACCAGUUGCUUUGAGAAGAGCGGUCCUUAGAACAUUGGAGCUGCUUGUUUGUGAAGCAGAAGGGCCAAACGCUCCUGUGUUAUGCAAACUAAAACCAUCCCUUCGUUGGUAGUUCUUGGUUAUAAAGGGGGCCAUAUAAACACUUUCCUUCUACAUGCCUCUUCACUUGAAGAGAAUUGAGCAUUUACGGUGAAAUCCUUAGUUUUCAGUUUCUGAGCUGCAGCUGUCUGACGAGGAUCCUCAGUCUGUGCCGUAAGGAGGCUCUGUUAACAGUGCUGCCAAUUCUGCAAUUCUGUCGCUUAAUUUAAAGCUUUUUCAGACCCACCUAGCGCCUUUAUUAAAAAAAAACAUGUUCAUUUAAACUUUGGGGACGUAAAAGCACCAAACUCUGUCCUCCUGAGUUAUCUAUACCUAAAACUAAUACGU